UCCUAAGGAAUAACAGCAGCUGCUGCGCCCACGAUGGGGAGCAGAGGAAUGCGCGGAGGAGAGGGCUCGCUGGGGCAGAAUCAAAGAACCUGUGUGUGACAUCGUCAUGAAUGAGAGAAGAAAGUAAUACAGUAUUGGAUGUGCCUGUUUGCUGCCACUAUUUAGAGAGAAAAUGAUGCAUUAUGGGGAAUCACUCGAAGGGACUGAAUGAGAUGAACUGUUUGGGUUGUAGUGUCUGAAAGGCUCAAUUAUUCUCUUGGAGACAUAUUCUAAAUGAGCCUGACCGAGAUACUGGAUCUGUGUGAAGAGGACUAAGGAUAUAGGAUGUCAACUGAGACAGAAAUUCAAGUGGCUGUUAAAACCAGCACAAAGAAAGACUCCAAAAAGAAAGGUCAGGAUCGCAGCGAAGCCACUUUAAUAAAGAGGUUUAAAGGUGACGGUGUCCGAUACAAAGCAAAGCUGAUUGGGAUCGAUGAGGUUUCAGCCGCACGGGGAGACAAGUUAUGCCAGGACUCCAUGAUGAAGCUCAAGGGAAUUGUUGCUGCGGCCCGUUCGAAAGGAGAGCAUAAACAAAAAAUCUUCUUAACAGUCUCCUUUGGUGGAAUCAAAAUCUUCGACGAAAAGACAGGGCUACUACAGCACCACCACGCAGUUCAUGAGAUAUCGUACAUCGCAAAGGAUAUCACAGACCACCGAGCGUUUGGAUAUGUGUGUGGAAAGGAGGGAAAUCAUCGAUUUGUGGCAAUAAAAACAGCCCAGGCAGCUGAACCUGUGAUUCUGGACUUGCGAGAUCUGUUUCAGCUCAUCUAUGAACUGAAACAAAGGGAAGAAAUGGAAAAAAAGGCGCAAAAAGACAAGCAGUGUGAACAGGCGGUAUACCAGGUUCCUACCAGCCAAAAGAAGGAAGGUGUUUAUGAUGUGCCAAAAAGUCAACCUGUAAGUCUGGAGAAUGGAAACUUAUUGCUGGACAUUGAUGAAAAUCUUGGUUCAGUCACUCAGGCUGUUACCCAACUAGAGCUUUUUGGGGACAUGUCCACUCCUCCCGAUGUAACCUCUCCCCCAACUCCUGCUACUCCAGGUGAUGCCUUUAUCCCAUCUUCAUCCCAGUCACUUCCUGCUAGUACAGACAUGUUUGGUUCUGUACCUUUCAGCACUGCUGCCGUACCCUCAGGUUAUGUUGCCAUGGGAGCUGUUUUGCCCUCAUUCUGGGGACAGCAACCACUUGUUCAACAGCAGUUGGCCAUGGGUGCUCAGCCUCCAGUUGCUCAGGUGAUGCAGGGAGGACAGCCGAUAGCGUGGGGCCAACCCGGUAUUUUUCCUCCUGCCCAGCAGCCCUGGCCAUCUGUAGCUGGUCAAUUCCAACCAACUGCCUUCAUGCCAACACAAACUGUUUUGCCUUUACAAGCAGCCAUGUUUCAAGGUACCAUUGCUCCUAUAGCUACUGUUCCACCCACAAGCGAUUCCAACAGAUCAAGUCCGCAGACAGACAGGCCCAGACAGAAAAUGGGAAAAGAAAUGUUUAAAGAUUUCCAGAUGGCUCAGCCUCCACCAGUGCCAUCAAGAAAACCAGAUCAGCCUUCCCUCAGUUGUACCUCAGAGGCCUUCUCAAGUUACUUUAACAAAGUUGGGAUGGCACAGGAAGCAGAUGAUUGUGAUGACUUUGACAUCUCUCAGUUAAACUUGACUCCUGUGACUUCCACGACACCAUCAACAAACUCACCUCCAACCCCUGCACCCAGACAGAGUUCUCCAUCGAAAUCAUCAGCAUCUCAUACCAGCGAUCCUGCUGCAGAUGACCUCUUUGAAGAGGGGUUUGAAAGCCCAAGCAAAAGUGAGGAGCAGGAGGCUCCUGAUGAGUCUCAGGCCUCAUCCAACAGUGAUCCAUUUGGUGAGCCAACUGGCGAUACUAUAAGUCCACAGGUCGGUAGCUAGAUAGCGCAGGUUGGGGAAGCAGAACCUCUCUACGCCCAGAUCAACAGACCUAAGAAAUAGCAUUGGUACGGGCUUGCGGUGCUCCGAGACUCGAAUGAAACCCAACCACCUGGCAGGCCUUUGGCUCUCUUGCUUUUUUCUGAUUGAUUUUGUCUGGCAAGGAUAGAUGAUUGCCCUCCUGGACCGGCUCUAUGAGCGUUCCUGACAAUUUUUGGCAACCGAUGGCAGAUCCCUAUGGCAGCACAAAGUGACAGCUCCCUGCUUAGCGCACCAGGAGUCCGGCCCUGUCUCCACAACUCAUGGGUAUCCAGACUAGGAAAUCUCACUCCUCGCUCUUCUUUUCAACAUUUCUUGUCUUGUGUAUGCCACAUAUAAAUAAUGAGCAUUCCUUUUCUUUUGAGCAAAAAAAGCAGAAUCUGUAUGUAGCAGUGGCAUUAUCAUUCAACAGCCUUUUGGGCACAAGUCGGCACUUUUUAUGUCACGGUGACAUGUUUUUCAUCAUCAUUUACAUCAGGCUGAUCCUGAGUUGUUUUUUUUUCCUUGUGUAGGCAUAUUUAAACAGCAACAACAAAAAAACACUGGCAGUGUCAUUUUUUUUCUAUUUCUUAUUCUGUAGUUUUGUAUGAGUGACAGAUCCAAGAGCAAAACGCCUCCCGCGGAAAUGAUUCUUAACUUGAAACCACAGAAUAAAACUCUGUUGUUUAUCCAUCCGGACUGAAAAUGUUGCCAAAUGUACCUUUACGUUCUAGUGCAUCAUGAGGAAGAAAUGCUGCUUUUCUGUUUGAAUACUCAUGUUGUGGGUAGAGAAAGGACAUGGAAUCCCACUGAUGGAAGAGACGGAAGAUUCAGUAUUUCCUAGGAAACUCUAAACAAAGUACAGAAAAGGAAUAUUUUUAUUUCUUCGAUAUCUUGCUGCUGUAAUGCUAUGCAGACAAGUGUUUUCUUCUCUGUGUGCCAUUUUUGAUGAAAAAAAAAAAUCAUUUGCCAAAUAAUACUGGUAUGAUUCUGGUUUGGGAAGUUGGAUGAAACGGACUUUAAAAAUGGGACAAAGGUGGCAUGGAUUUUGGAAUAACGAACUGAUUCUGUGAUCAAAUUGUUCAUCUUUAUCACUUUUUGUACAUCAGAAAAAAAUCAAAUGGGAUUUUUAUUUUAUAACUUGAAAAAAAAAAAAUCUUACUGUUAAACUCUUUAAUUGUUUAAGGGGAAAUGGCUUUAAGGAGUUUGAAUGAAAAUUGCCAGUUUUCUUUUUGUUUUUUUUUUUUGUCUUUUUUUUUUUUUUAAUGUAAAUAUAAAUGUUAUGAGAAUUCUUUUACUAAUGCCAUUACACAGUAGAGAAGGUAGCAAGUUGCAGUGCUUGGGAGGUGUGGCAAACCCAGUUUGUGGUUCUCACAUCACAUACGUUUUCUCACGUGCUUACGAUAAUGGGCUGAAGCUCAAGUGCAUUUGCAGAAGGCAGUCAGCUUGUCAGCAACUAGUGAAAUUAAUGGGAACACAUGAUUUUAUGGUGUAGCUUCUUCACACAGGCAACUCCACUUACGAGAAAUCACAUUUUCAUUGGCAUCCCCUUACGAUUCCAGAACCUCUGCAUAGAAGUCAUCGAGCUGUUUACACACAGAAUGAAAGAGUUUAAAACUUCCGUUUUUUUACAUUUAUGAAGCAGAAGUGCAGUGUUUGGGUUCAUAUGUUUAGCACAUGAUUUUCAUAAAGAAUCUAUAUAUUUUUGCCCUACAGAGAAUUGUUAUACAGGUCAAAUGUGUUUUCCUGAUGUUCCUAUGCAGUUACAGUAUAUUGAAUUUAGUGGUUUAACACUAAGAAGGAAAAAAAAAAGAAAAAAAAGAAAAAAAAAAAAGAAGAAAAAAAAGAAAAAACAGAAAAAAAAGAAAAAGUAAAAAAGGUUAAAGAAAUUAAAUGAUGAAUCUGUUUUUAGGGUUAUUGUGCAGAUUUUGUUUUUAAAUUGACACAUUAGGAUUUGCAUUUUUGUCAUGUUUAAAAUAGGCCUGGAGUUAUAAAUAUUUUACUUUCCUUCAUCUCUAUGAUAAGCUAAAAAUGGUUUAGAAGGCUGAAUAAUACCUGGGGUGGCAACUGUUGAUAUGUACAACAAAAUCUCACACCAUGAUUCCAAUCUUUUAUUUUGAAUUAGAGAAAUUAGAGCAAAGUGCGUUGCAGAAUGUAUGUGAAUGAAAAAAUUAGCUGUGAAUAGACCCACUGAACCUGCAGAGAAGAGGACUUUUAUUCCCAUUCACAGUCGUUUGAUGCUUAUCCCUUAGACAUGUGCAAACAGUUCUGUAGCGAAUCUUAUUUUCCCAUGAGAAGGAAGGUUGAUUUUCUAAUUGGAGAUGAACUAAAACCUGGUGGGUUGAGUGUUUCAGGAUUAAAAGCAGAGGUAAAAACGUUUCUGAAGGACAUUUGAAGCCUAUUUUCCUAAUUUGCACUGUGGUGCUACUUCCUUCUUCAGCAGCUCUUUUUGGUUUUGUCCUCCAUACGGAACCGAGAAGACAAUUUUGAUGCAUCGUAGACAUUUGAGGCUCUGUCUAGUUAAUGCAUUUCCAGUUAUGAGGUAAAAUGUUGAAAGAAAAAGAAGAGAUUUACGCCUCAGAGGAUCCAUUGACAUCGUAUUGGUAGGAAGCGGAUCAUUUCUGUAGUUCUUGCAACAAAUAGGUGCAGAGGGAACGAGGCUGGGAUUGUGGUGUUUCAUGGGAGACAGCUGGGCCAUCCCCAUGGGCUACUGUCAUACCCUUGCCAACACUGAUAAAUAAAUUCUGACUUGCUGUGUCAUGCAGUUAGAUCGUCUUUGUCACGAUUGAGAUGUUGAGUUGAGAGGAAUGUGCGGCCUCUGCACUGUACCAGUCUUGUAGAUAACUUGAAUAUCCAGCUUGUGCAAUUGUUGAAUCCCUCGUCCUUCACUAGCACUAAAUUUGUCACUUUAAAUUAAAAAACCAGGGAAUUCCACCAGCCAUCCUGUUGUCAUCCCCCGUAGAUUCUUGAUCUUUACCUGUCAUGAAGAGAUAGAUCGUAGUCAUUCAAGUGUCUGACAAAACCUUUCAUCUAAUAACGUACUGGGCACCUUCUUUGCAAAAAAUGUUUACUCUGUGGUUUUCAUUCAUUUUUAUUUCUGCAUUCUGACACAUAUUUUUUUAAUAAAGAUGAGAAAGAUAAAAUGACUGUUGCAGUACAUUUCUAAACCUACUUUAACUUUACCUCAGAUAAUGACCAUUUGUUAACAUAUACGGACACAUUAUUUUUAACUUUAUGUAAAAUGCAUUCAGCAACAACAACAAAAAAAACAACAAAUUUUUAGAAAUUUUCCAUUAAUUUCUGUAACACACCAUGUAAUACUGUUAUGAAUAAAAACAUUUUAAAAAGG